GUGGGACAUGUGGAUUUGGAAUAUUAAUUCAUUUGAAAAACUGCUUUGGGGGUGUGAACGUGAUUUCUGACGAAACUGGAUUGGAAUAAUUUUCAUGAUCUUUGUAUAUUUAUAUAUAUAUAUAUAUAUUUUAAAAUUUUGCAUUUGACUUAAAGUGCCAUGAGAAAAUUUGCAUAUUGCAAGGUGGUCCUAGCCACCUCCUUAAUUUGGGUACUGUUGGAUAUGUUCUUGCUGCUUUACUUCAGUGAAUGCAACAAAUGUGAUGAGAAAAAGGAAAGAGGACUUCCUGCUGGGGAUGUUCUAGAGCCAGUACAAAAACCUCAUGAAGGUCCUGGAGAAAUGGGGAAACCAGUUGUCAUUCCUAAAGAGGAUCAAGAAAAGAUGAAAGAGAUGUUUAAAAUCAAUCAGUUCAAUUUAAUGGCAAGCGAGAUGAUUGCACUCAACAGAUCUUUACCAGAUGUUAGGUUAGAAGGGUGUAAAACAAAGGUGUAUCCAGAUAAUCUUCCUACAACAAGUGUCGUGAUUGUUUUCCAUAAUGAGGCUUGGAGCACACUUCUGCGAACUGUCCAUAGUGUCAUUAAUCGCUCACCAAGACACAUGAUAGAAGAAAUUGUUCUAGUAGAUGAUGCCAGUGAAAGAGACUUUUUGAAAAGACCUCUAGAGAGUUAUGUGAAGAAACUCAAAGUGCCAGUUCAUGUAAUUCGAAUGGAACAGCGUUCUGGAUUGAUCCGAGCUAGAUUGAAAGGAGCUGCAGUGUCCAAAGGCCAGGUGAUCACCUUCUUAGAUGCUCAUUGUGAGUGCACAGUGGGAUGGCUGGAGCCUCUCUUAGCAAGGAUCAAACAUGACAGGAGAACAGUGGUAUGUCCUAUCAUUGAUGUGAUCAGUGAUGAUACUUUUGAGUACAUGGCAGGCUCUGAUAUGACUUAUGGUGGAUUCAACUGGAAGCUUAAUUUUCGCUGGUAUCCUGUUCCCCAGAGAGAAAUGGACAGAAGGAAAGGUGAUAGGACUCUUCCUGUCAGAACACCUACAAUGGCAGGAGGCCUUUUUUCAAUAGACAGAGAUUACUUUCAGGAAAUUGGAACAUAUGAUGCUGGAAUGGAUAUUUGGGGAGGAGAAAACUUAGAAAUUUCCUUUAGGAUUUGGCAGUGUGGAGGAACUUUGGAAAUUGUCACUUGCUCACAUGUUGGACAUGUGUUUCGGAAGGCUACCCCAUACACAUUUCCAGGAGGCACAGGGCAAAUUAUCAAUAAAAAUAACAGACGACUUGCAGAAGUAUGGAUGGAUGAAUUCAAGAAUUUCUUCUAUAUAAUUUCUCCAGGUGUUACAAAGGUAGAUUAUGGGGAUAUAUCAUCAAGACUUGGUCUAAGACACAAACUACAAUGCAAACCUUUUUCUUGGUACCUAGAGAAUAUUUACCCUGAUUCUCAAAUUCCACGUCACUAUUUUUCAUUGGGAGAGAUACGAAAUGUGGAAACAAAUCAGUGUCUAGAUAACAUGGCUAGAAAAGAGAAUGAAAAAGUUGGAAUUUUUAAUUGUCAUGGUAUGGGAGGCAAUCAGGUUUUCUCUUAUACUGCCAAUAAAGAAAUUAGAACAGAUGAUCUUUGCUUAGAUGUUUCCAAACUUAAUGGCCCAGUUACCAUGCUCAAGUGCCAUCACCUAAAAGGCAACCAGCUCUGGGAGUAUGACCCAGUGAAAUUAACCCUGCAGCAUGUGAACAGUAAUCAGUGCCUGGAUAAAGCCACGGAAGAGGACAGCCAGGUGCCCAGCAUUAGAGACUGCAGUGGAAGCCGGUCCCAGCAGUGGCUUCUUCGAAAUGUCACCCUUCCAGAAAUAUUCUGAGACCAAAUUUUUAAAAAAAGAAAAAAAUAAGGAUUGACUGGGCUACCUCAGCAUACGUUUCUGCCACAUUCUUAAGUAGCAAAAAAGGAAAAGUGCUUUCCUCCUCUGCGGGAUGUAAGAUUUAUCAGCCAUUAAAACUCAGACUCCUCUAGCUUUUCACUAGCUGUGAACCAGCCUUCCUGUCCAAGGACGUGAAACUGCAUAGUAGUGAGACUGUGCACACUGAUGUUUACAAGAUUGAAAGAGUCUUUCAUCAAGAAUCAUGGAAAAGAAUAUUCAGACAGUGAAACAGUCAACAAAAUGUGCUUUCUGGAGAGCUGCACCUUUUAUGGUUUGCUUGCACAUCAGUAAUUUCUGCUGAGUGUGCUGUCAAUGAAGAGAUUACCAAGAUUUUUUUCCUAAUUAGAACUGGUAGCCAGUAUAUUAAACAUUGACAUAAAAGCAAAUGAAAAAGAACUGAAACCAGAUACAGAAUCAUGAAAACAACAUUUUUACAUUAAAAAAAAAAAACUAUAUUAAACAGGGUUUAAACAAAAUUAAAACAGAACUAUGAGAAGUACAAUUUGUUAUAGUAUAGUAUCAAAUUUCUAUAUAGAUUUUAUACCUCAGUGGGGAAAAAUAACUGAUUCCAAUGACGUUCAUUUUAUUUUCAUCUGUGAUAGUCAUGGAUGCUUUUAUUUUCCUUGGGGUGCUGAAAAUGAGCUGGGAGAAAAAGCUCUUUGAACAUAGUUUUAAUUUCUUUCUACAAUAUUUUUAUUUGAUUUGUGGGCUGUUGGAAUUGUGACUUUUAAUUGCCUUCU